AUGCUUUUUCUCGAUGGCUACACUUUCACGCAAGCAAACGACACUCGGUGGCGAGCGAAAACACUCAAACGACGAUGGACUUGCUCCACUAGAGCUCGGUAUGGAUGCAAAGCGAAAGUAUUUACUAUAGAAGACUGGAUAGUGCAGGGAACGACCGACCACAAUCAUCCGAAGCCGAAAGGUCCGAAUAAGUCACGAAUAUUCUUCAUGAAAUCGUUGAGAGGCAACCCUAUGAUAUACUAUGAGGGAUACAGGUAUACCCUCCAUAAAGACAACACGUACUAUAAGCAGGGUCCACGAAUAUUCUUCAUUAAGUCGUUGAGAGGCAACCCUAUGAUAUACUGUGAGGGAUACAGGUAUACCCUUCAUAAAGACAACACGUACUACAGGAGAGACAACGCACAAAUAAUAGUAGGAGAACGAGGAAACAAAAUGCUAGCUCUCAACGGGUAUGAGUACUCAAUACAUACAAGCAAAAAAGACUCUGAAGGACACAUGAGAAUAUUCUGGCGUUGCUGCAAUCGCAAGUCGAGGCGUUUACAAUUUAUUAUGUCCCGGCGCGGGCGCAGGAUGCUGAGAUUUCAAGGCUUCAACUACAGCUCUUCUCGGUCGCUAGGCGCAAGGGUGCGCUGGGUCUGUUCUACCCACCACCGUCGAGGAUGCCGGGCCGCAGUCAACACGUUCGAUGACGUCAUCACCACCUUAAACACUAAACACAAUCAUUUGAGCACCAGUACAGAUUACAUCAUGAAUAUACCAUUCUGCCAGUAUGAUUCAGAUUGUUAA